CGUGAACCAGUCCCAAUUGGUAUCAAGUCCUCUUUUAUUGUUGUUGUGAAUGGAGCAAUCACAAGUUGUUGCUUGAUGCCUAUAAACUCAGAUAUGUGUCUCUUAUUCCAGCUCCCGUAUAAACGCUGCUUUUCAACCCAUGUGUCCUCCUCAGCCAUGUCAAAGAUAUCUUUCUUUGCCCGUUUGGGUCAACCCGAUAAUGCUCGCAAAGUGUUCGAUCAACUUCACAACAGAAGCGUUGCUACUUGGAACGCUAUGAUCUCAUGCUACUUCCAGAAUCGCCGGCCACUUGAAGCCCAGAAACUGUUCGAUCAAAUGCCUUACAGGAAUAUCGUUUCUUGGAAUGGGCUUAUUUCAGGGUACGUGAAAAAUGGGAUGGUGAAUGAGGCACGAAAAGUGUUUGGGAGAAUGCCCAAGAGGAAUGUCGUGUCGUGGACAGCUCUAGUUAGAGGGUACGUUGAGGGAGGGUUGAUAUCCGAGGCUGAAAGCCUGUUUUGGAAAAUGCCAGAAAGAAACGUGGUGUCGUGGACGGUAAUGAUGGGAGGGUUGAUUCAGAAUGGGAGAGUUGACGAGGCAAGGAAGCUGUAUGACAUGAUGCCAGUGAAGGAUGUGGUGUCAAUGACAAGCAUGAUUGGUGGGUAUUGUCUGGCAGGUAGGGUGGAUGAGGCACGCGAGAUCUUUGAUGGCAUGAAAGUAAAGAAUGUUUUUUCAUGGACAUCUAUGGUCACUGGAUAUGCUCAAAAUGGCAAGGUAGACAUUGCUAGGAAGCUUUUUGAGGUCAUGCCUGAGAAGAAUGAGGUGUCGUGGACAUCUAUGCUGCUGGGGUACACUCAGAGUGAAAGAAUAGAGGAGGCAUGGAAGUUGUUCGAAGAGAUGCCAGUAAAACCAACGGGUGCUUGUAAUGCAAUCAUACUCGGUGUUGGACAAAAUGGGGAGGUUGACAAGGCAAGGAUGGUUUUUGAUUCAACAAAGGAGAAGGAUGAGAAGACGUGGAGUGCUAUGAUUAAGGUUUAUGAAAGGAAAGGUUUUGAAUUGAAAGCACUCAGUUUGUUUCGUUUGAUGCAAAGUAAAGGCGUCCGCCCCAAUUUUCCUUCCUUAAUUAGCAUACUAUCAGUUUGUGCAAGCCUUGCGACUCUUGACUGUGGUAGAGAGAUACAUGCAUCACUGAUCAGAUCCAAGUUUGAUGAUGAUGUAUAUGUCUCGUCAGUGUUGAUCACGAUGUAUUUUAAAUGUGGUGAUCUUGUCAGGGCCAGAAGCGUCUUUGACAGAUCAUCUUCCAAAGAUACUGUCAUGUGGAAUUCUAUCAUCACGGGUUAUGCUCAGAAUGGUUUAGGAGAAGAAGCUCUUGAUUUCUUUAGAGAAAUGUGUUUGCAGGGAAUUGCACCAGAUGUGGUUACUUUUGUGGGACUCCUGACUGCCUGUAGCUACACUGGAAAGGUGAAAGAAGCCCAAGAUAUAUUUGAUUACAUGAAGUCAAAAUACCUAGUAGAACCAGAAACUGCACAUUAUGCCUGCAUGGUGGAUCUACUGGGUCGAGCUGGUCGCUUGACUGAGGCAAUCGAUUUGGCAGAAAAAAUGCCCGUGGCAGCUGAUGCAGUUAUAUGGGGUUCUUUGCUUGGUGCUUGUAGGAUGCAUAUGAACUUGGAUUUGGCCGAAGUAGCUGCAAAACAACUUCUAAAGCUAGAGCCACAGAAGCCUGGCCCUUAUGUCCUGCUCUCUAACAUUUAUGCAACAAAAGGUAGGUGGGGUGAUGUUGCGGCAGUCAGGAAAGACAUGCGUUCAAGGAAAUUGAGCAAGUCACCCGGUUGCAGCUGGCUUGAGGUGGAGAAGAAAGUACACAUGUUCACUGGUGGAGAGAGCAAGCCCCACCCGGAACAUCAAACAAUCAUCAAAAUGUUGGAUAAGUUGGGUUCCAUGUUAAAAGAAGCUGGGUAUUGCCCUGAUGGUAGCUUUGUUCUUCAUGAUUUGGAAGAGGAGGAGAGGGUGCACAGUCUGCAUUAUCACAGCGAGAAGUUGGCUGUGGCAUACGGACUUCUCAAGCUGCCAGAAGGAACGGCUAUAAGAGUGAUGAAAAACCUGCGGGUUUGUGGGGAUUGCCAUUCUGCUAUAAAGCUAAUAGCUAAAGUCACCGGACGAGAAAUCAUUCUGAGAGACGCAAAUAGGUUUCAUCACUUUAAAGAUGGCUUGUGUUCGUGUAGAGACUAUUGGUGAUUGCAGUGUACAUAAAAAUGGCAAUGGGUAAAAUCUCCAAUUCACGUUCUUCCCUACUGGUGAAAACAUCGAAUCACGAUGGUACGAUUGGUAUCUGAGUGGUGAAUAUCAAGCAUUAAGUUAAAUGGAAUGGGCGAUCGAUAUUUCUCUCCUUGAAUUGACUGAGUUGUUGGGAUCGGAAGAGGUAUUAGGAAGAUCUAUCAGUGAGUUGGAUGGUAAUUGUUGUGGAGGUUAAAAAAACAGCAGCGGAGAUUUAUAACAUGGUACAGAGCGCGGGAAAUAUAAUGGUAAAAACCUUGAUCAGAUCAAGGAGACCAAAUGCCAGGGGUAGCCUCCUU